AUGGAGAACCAAUUGCGCGUUUGGUUACGCUACUCGUUCGUCUUCGGACUCUAUAUGAGUCCAACGCAGGAAACGCAAUAUAUACACAGACGAGUCACACCCAACAAGCGUCUUGCAUGGCGUGAACGCAAACGAAUACUACAACAAGCACAUUUGAAGACAUUUUAUAUGUAUAUACUAUUAGUUGGGCUCUGUGUAGUCUUUGUGAGAGCACUCGCAUCGCGUAAACCCAUACCUGGCAUUGCCAGCGAGGUAGUGACCACUACGAUCUUUAGUUUACAGGCGCUAUCUAGUCUUAUUGUUGCAGCUGAGGGACUCUGUUGUCAACAACAGCAGGAGACUUUCUUGAGAAUACUGCAAGAGAUUGAAUUCUCACUGAAAUUGCGGUUGAGAGAGGACAUCAAAUUGGAUAUUUUGCCGUCACGUGUGCGUUGGCUCUUGAAAUAUCUGCUUUGGCUAUCGCUCAUCUGCUUUGGCAUGGCGGUGUACAAUUUUAGACAACUGCAGCACUUGGGUUAUUAUUGGUACUCCAUUGGGUAUAGCAUUAUCAUUCGUUUGCGUAUCAUACAGUUGUGUGUUUAUGUGUGUGUGUUGCGAAACUACUUAGAGUGCCUUUGUAUGAAAUUACAGCAGCUUGUAGCAUAUCGUACGGCGCCAAACCAACAGCUCUUGGAUAUUAACUAUGAGAAACUACAAAGUCUCGAAUAUCUUAGGGAUAUUAAGCAUGUCUACGAUUUACUCUAUAAAGCAUUUGAGCAACUUAAUGAAUUUGCUGGCUGGUCUCUCUUUGCCAUAAUAACCUGUUACCUCUUGGAUUAUGGCUGUACGCUCUAUUUUGCAUUGCUCAGCUGGGAGGGGUACUUGGAGAGUUGCAGCUAUUAUGUACCAGGCUUUUGGUGGCUGGUGCCAAUGACCGCUAUCAUCUGGCAUAUUUGUUAUAUGUGUCAUGAUUGCAAACAAUUGGAUCGUUUGUUGGCCACCAACUUACGUCGUAUAAUAAUAAUGAGUUCCUCGCAGCCGAAAUUCUCUUACCGCAUUUUGUUACAACAAUUCGCUACACAAUUAGAGCUGCAGUGCAUCGAGGUGACCGCAAGAAAUUUCUUUGUAUUAGAUUUGGGUUUAUUAAUGUCGAUUUUAGCAUCAGUGAGCUCAUAUAUGGUGAUGUUAAUACAGUUUUUAUAUAUUUAA